GAUAGAGGCAUGUCAUCCUUUAGAAAAAGUGGGGCAAGUUCUAGUGAAGAUGAUGCUGAGCAGCUCAGAAGAGGACCCUGGACUCUGGAGGAGGAUACACUCCUCAUUAAUUACAUUGCUAGCCAUGGCGAAGGCCGGUGGAAUUUGCUUGCAAAACGUGCAGGUUUAAGGAGAACUGGGAAGAGUUGCAGGCUGAGAUGGCUAAAUUAUCUGAAACCGGACGUUAAGCGUGGAAACCUUACUCCACAAGAACAGUUUUUGAUCCUUGAACUCCAUUCUAAGUGGGGUAACAGGUGGUCCAGGAUUGCACAACAUUUACCAGGGAGAACGGACAAUGAGAUCAAGAAUUACUGGAGAACCCGUGUGGAGAAACAGGCACGUCAUCUUAAGAUUGAUUCUAACAGCGCAGCAUUUCAAAAUCUUAUUCGAUGUAAUUGGAUGCCUAGAUUGCUUCAAAAGAUGGAAGAGUCAUCCUCUGUUUCAUCCAUGACCUCUGAAAACUUAACAGUUCCUCCACUUCUAGACCAAAUUUCUCAGCAUGAAGCAUUAACGACAGUGCAACAAGCACCAAGGCACGGGCCUCGUAAUCUAAAUGAAGCAGUGCAAAGUUUGCAUCAGCUGGAGCAGAAUUCAGACUCAGAGCACUCUGCAGCAAGUUCAUGUGUUUCUUCUUCAGAAUCCAUGAAAAAUAUCUCAAAAAUAUCUCAAUUUGCAGAAUACCAAACAAAUCCUUAUCGCAUCAUUGGUAACAACGACUACAACACACUUUCGAAGGAUUGCUAUUAUUUCGAUAAUAAUAGUAGUUGCUAUAACAUGGAAGCCAUCAACCUGGCAUCCACAUCAGCACUUGGGGAUUUUGCGAGCCCUGUCGGCGAUUGCCACAUGGCAGAGAACAAUUGGGUUGAUGAUGGUUUUGCAGAUGGCCUAUGGAGCAUGGGGGAACUAUGGGAACUCAAGAGCUUUCAUUGAAGGGAAUCCUGUCAUGUUUUUUCCGACAGUUCACCAAAAGUUCAUUCAUUAGCUUUUAACAGUUGAUUUUCCGAGUUCAAUUGUCCUAUAACAUCUCAUAAGAUUUUUUUUUCUUUAAGUUUUUGUCCAAAAUUAGUUACUGGAUUCCAAGUUUCUUAAGUUGUGAGUGUAAACUAAUGAAUUUUUAUGUCUAAAUAUAUUAGAAGAUGAAAAGUUCUUUCUUUUCUUUUCUUUUCUGUUUUCUGGCACCUGGGCUGGAUUACUGAUCAAAGAGCUUUCUCUUCCCUUUUCUAAUUAUUGAUUUCACCUAAAUAUCAAUACUUGCAUUUAAGAUUUUAAAAUAUUUUUGAGAAAAAAACAACAUAUAACUAACAUUU